CCCAUCAUCUCCCACCCAGUUCCUCUAAUUUUGGGUCGUGUUUUCCACCAUGAUCUGGCUGGUGUGGCUUUGCUGUAGUCUCUCGGCCGUUUCUGCACAGCAAGAUCCCGAACUCCUAGCCAGGGACCUAGAAGAAGCUGAGAUUUUGGAUUACAACCUCAUCGACAAUGUUGCUCGAAGAGUCCCAAGGCAUAACCGGUUUCUGCAGAGAUUGGAGACCAGGCCCCGGAUGUCUGAAUUCUCUGUGAGAUCCACAAUCAUUUCUCGCUAUGCAUUUACGACCAUCUCCUGCACCUUGGUGAACAGCGGCUCGGAGCCCAGGGAAGGCCUGUUUGAGAUGCAAAUACCCAUCACAGCCUUCAUCUCCAAUUUUACCAUGGUCAUCGGUGAGAGGGUUUACCACGGGGAAGUAAUUGGGAAGGACCAGAAGUACGGGGGCACGGACAGAAAGAACAGAUAUUGGAGACCCACAGGUGACGGGGAAAACAGAGUUGAGACAUUCAAAGCCUCCGGAACAAUUCCCCGGAAAACAGAAGCCGUCUUCCUGCUGCACUACGAGGAGCUUUUGCAGAGACGGUUGGGGAAGUAUCAGUACACGGUCAGCAUCCGGCCUCAGCAGCUGGUAGGGAAGUUACGGGUGGAGGUGAACAUUCUUGAAAAUUCGGGCAUCGUCUCUCUGGAAGUCCUGCCUCUCCAAAACAGCAAGAGCAGGGGCAAUGGGAGCAGCGGAGAUGACAUCUCUCCCCCACCUUCGACGGUGGUUGGCCAGACGAAAACUUUAGCCAAGGUGACCUUCAGCCCCAACGUUGUCCAGCAAUCCAAGAUCUCACGGAAUGGCGUCCUGGGAGAUUUUGUUGUCAGAUACGACGUCAACAGGGAGCUGAGUGUUGGAGAUGUCCAGGUUUUGAAUGGAUACUUUGUGCACUAUUUUGCUCCCAAGGACCUCCCUCCGUUGCCGAAGAACGUUGUGUUUGUGCUCGACAGCAGCGCCUCCAUGGUGGGGACCAAGCUGAGGCAGACCAAAGAUGCCCUUUUCACCAUUCUCCAGGAUCUAAGGCCUGAGGAUCACUUCAAUAUUAUUGGCUUCUCCAAUCGAAUCAAGGUCUGGCAACAAGACCAGCUGGUGCCUGUGACUCUCAACAACAUAAGAGAUGCCAAGAUCUACAUCCAUAACAUGUCGCCUACUGGAGGCACAAACAUCAAUGGGGCCCUCCAAAUCAGCACCCAGAUCCUCAAUGACUACAUCACCCAGAACGACAUCGAAGCUCGGAGCGUCUCCUUGAUCAUCUUCCUGACUGACGGCCGUCCGACGGUUGGAGAGACGCAGUCCGCCAAGAUCGUCAGCAACACCAAAGAGGCCAUCCGCAACAGGUUCUGCCUCUUCACCAUCGGCAUUGGCAACGACGUGGACUACCAACUAUUGGAGAGGCUGGCGCUGGAGAAUUGCGGGAUGACGCGGCGGAUACGGGAAGACGAGGACGCUGCCGCGCAGCUGAAAGGGUUCUAUGACGAGAUCGGGACGCCUCUUCUUUCCGACAUCCGGAUCGAUUACCCUACGGACAGCGUGGAGCAAGUGACCCAGAACCUAUUCCCCAACUACUUCAAUGGCUCUGAAAUUGUCAUUGCCGGGAAGCUCUUCAACAAGACAGCUGACCGCUUACAUGUGGAGGUGACAGCCAGCAACAGCGACAAGUAUGUCCUCCUGAAAACCGACGUGGCCGUAGACCUCUCUGCCAAGAACCAUGUUGGACUGGCCUCCAGGGGUGCCGAAGACCCCACGGAUGAUCAGAACUACGUCGAACGGACUUGGAGCUACCUCACCAUCAAGGAGCUGAUGACCUCCUGGCUGAAGAGCGAUGACAGCGAAGAGAAGGAGACGCUGAGGGAGAGAGCCGAGAAGCUGGCCCUCGCGUACAAUUUUGUCACCCCCUUCACCAUGCUGAAGAUGAAGGAGCUUGCGAGCCAGACGGACCUCCCAAAAGAGGUUUACACCGGCCCAUCAACCGAAGGAGUUGGGGAGAUCGUACAGGGGCUGCAAGGUCACCGGGCACCAUCAGGGUCUGUUCUUGCAAAGCCGGCGAAGCAAAAAGUUGAAGUCACGAAAACAUCAGCGGAUGGGGACCCUCAUUUUGUCGUCGACUUCCCCUUGAGCAAGCUAACAGUGUGCUUCAACAUUGACGGGGAACCAGGAGACAUCCUCAGAUUGGUUUCCGACCAUAAGAACUCUGGUGUGACCGUGAAUGGCCAGCUGGUGGGCGCCCCUGCCCCUCGCAGAGGCCAUAAGAAGCAAAGGACCUAUUUUAGAAGCAUCACCAUUCUCAGCAACAAACCAGAAAGGUCCUACCUGGAGGUCACUCCCACGAAGGUCAUCAUCGAUGAUGGGAAGAGGCUCAUCCUGCCUUGCGACCGCAGCGCCACGGUAGCAAGCAGGAACCUUGAGGUAUCCAUUGUGGCCAGUUCCAACGUCACCGUGGCCAUAAGGGGCACCAUCGGUUUCGUUGUUCUGAUCCACCACUACAAGAACCCCGCUCCCUACCAAAAGGAUCAUCUGGGCUUCUACAUCUCCAACAGCCAAGGCCUUUCUCCAAGCUCCCAUGGGCUGAUCGGUCAGUUCUUACACCAGGAUAUUAAGCUCACUACCCAAGAGCCUCUUAGAGAGAGAGACCAAAUGUCCAGUGGGAACCUAACGAAAAGCAUGGACAUAAAUGCUGGGAACACGUUAGAGCUGAAAGGGCGCUCAAUUGCUGUCGUAUGGAAGCAGAGGAAGAUCUACAAUGGCGAACAGGAAGUGGACUGCUGGUUUGCCAAGAACAACGCAGAGAAACUGAUCGAUGGGGCCUAUAAGGAUUACUUGGCUUCUCACCCUUUUGACACAGGGACUAGCUCCUUGGUGGAAAACCGACUCUGAGGAGAAAAAGAAGCCCACUUGCUUUUUGACACAGAGGAAGCCAUUUGGUCCCGAGGAGAUUCCUGCACUUUGACAGCGCUUUGCAAAGCCAAAGAAAUCAAGAUUUCUUUUUAAAGGAAUUCUGUUUAUGCGAGGCAGCUGCCUGCUCUCUGGUUCACUAAAGGACAUUUUCCCAAGUGACUCCAAUAAGGUUUAAUGUGGACUUUUUUU